UCAGUUUUUCCUUUUUAAAAUCCGACCGAAAUGAAUCAUUUUGGUCAUUUUACUGGUUCUGCUGAACCAUGUCUCAUUGUUUUAUACCAUUCCAAUAUGGUGUCGCUCUUUAUGUAUUUUGGACGAUAUCUCCAGUGAUAACCUCAGGGGUUAAAACCUUUAAUAUUUGGCAGUUAAUCACAUCAAAGUGGUGAUCCACAGAAAAAUACAGAAAGUAGUUUAAUCAGUGGUUUUGUUAUUGGAUCAGUUAAUUUAUUUAGAUGUUUUUCUACAGAAUUGUCCCAAACCUGUGCCUUGGGUUUUUUUUUACUGUGGUCGAACUUUUUCUGUGAAUUUGUGACAAAAAAAAACAACCAAAGAGCAAGAACAAAGACAAGAAGCACACACCACAUUGUAGGGAGUUAUAAGCCCUGAAUUUGAACAGGACAACCACUGAGGUUAAUGCUAUAAAAUCAAUAAACUCCUGCUUUGAUGGAGACUGUCCAUAGCAUCCCAUGAUCACGUCAUCUCUACCUUCCAUUCUUAUUUUAAUAUUUAUUGUGACAUCAACUGAAUGCUUUUAACUGAAAAACCAACAACCAAAAAUGAACAAUUCUGCUCUCACCACUCAAAGUUGUCUGUUCAGUGUCUUCAAGCUACAGAACUACAUGUAUUUAGGUCUUAACAGGCUUUGACUUGUCUCCUUGCAGAUGAAAAACCGUUACGAUGAUAGUGAUAAAAAAUGCUACGCCUUACACCUGGUACUGUUCCUCAACAGGAAAUGGGCUUGGUCAGAAGUUAAAAGGACAUUCAACUUUAGAGUUAGAUGAAAGUUUCUUUGAGGAUCUCAUUAGGUUUGUGGGUUUGGUAUUUGGGGUGGUGAAACCCAGAAUCUAUUUACGAUAUGAGGGGCACUCCAGUUGGAACCUCAGAAGUUUACCCAUCUUAAUUUUUGAUAAAAAAUUCACUAUCAGAGACAGUGACGACCGCCAGCACUUCCAGCUGGUAACUGACUAUAUUCUGAUUCAUGAUAGCUGCCCCAACUUUGGCCGAAUUGAAGAGGAAAAAAAAGAAAAGGAGAGACGACAACAAAGAGAGAAGCAAGAGAAGGAAGCA